AUGGCAGCAAGGUGGGGACGGCCGUCAGAGGGCAGUGUGUCUUUUUGCGUUGAUGGUAGCUUCCGAUUGGAUCCCAGGUGCAUGGGUUGGGGAGGAAUCGUGCGUGAUUCUCAGGGGUUGUGGCAAGAUGGCUUUCACGGGUACAUGAUUGGAGAAAGUGCUUUCAUGGCUGAAGCAAUUGCUCUUGAAAGAGGUCUGCACUUUGUGUGGGACAGGGGCUAUAGACAGGUCGUUUGCAAUGUUGAUUGCAGAAAUUUGCUGCAAGCACUAGGAGAUGAGGAAAAAUGUCAGCUUCUCCCCAUCCUAGGUGAUAUACGAGAGUUGCUCCAAAGGAGGUGGGUGGUUUCCUUGUCAUAUGUUGGCAGAGAUUGUAAUGCGUCGGCGGACUGGUUGGCCAAACGAGGAGCGUCUUCGCCGCUGGAUCUUGAGUGCUCGCUGGAUUCUCCGCCCUGGGAGUUGGAGGUCCUUAUUUUGAGGGACCGUUUAAGCUCGUUGUAG